CACUUCCUUCUCUCUCUCUCGCGCGCGCGCGGACACUCCUGAAGUGCAGCGCGCGCUGACAGCUCGCAGCUCACGCGCGCCUCAUAUCCUCUGUGUGAUUAUCUCGGAUCUCCUCCUCCGCAGCAGCGGCAGCGGCAGGAGAAAGUGCGCAGACCUUCACGCGCAGUUAACCCGGGACUGUGGACAGUUUGACCUCCAGUCUUCAGAGGAAACACGGGACUUUUAAAUCUGUGUGCGAUCACAACACUGAGAGACCAGCCGGUGCUGACAAUGCUGAUUGGUGAGUGGACGCUAGAUCACUGCCGAAGACCAACAUGGAACGAGAGGGCUCUUUUAGGAGGAUUUCGAGGAGUCUCCACAGCAAACUUAGGCUGGGCAACAACUCGUCGGCCAGUCUGAACGACCUCCCGCUGGCAAAAAGCCCAGCAGGGGGAGGCGGGGAGAGGGGAGGAACAGCCGGGGGCCUGGUGGACGAGUGCAGCAAAGACAAGGGGACGCAGCAGAGGAGAGCCGGGGCCAACGCUACCUGGAACAGCAUCCACAACGCUGUGAUCUCAGUUUUCCAGAGGAAGGAUCUGGGAGAGAAUGAACUCUACACUCUGAAUGAAGGUGUCAGACAGCUGCUAAAGACGGAGCUGGGCUCCUUCUUCACCGAGUAUCUUCAGAACCAGCUGCUCACUAAAGGCAUGGUCAUACUGAGAGACAAGAUCCGCUUCUAUGAAGGUCAGAAGUUGUUGGACUCUCUGGCCGACACAUGGGACUUCUUCUUCUGUGAUGUUCUGUCAAUGCUGCAGGCCAUCUUCUGUCCUGUACAGGGUAAGGAGCCGUCAGUGCGUCAGCUCGCUCUUCUCCACUUUAGGAACAUCAUCACCCUGAACCUGAAGCUAGACGAGGCUCUCGCUCGACCCCGGGCCAGAGUUCCUCCUUCUAUCAUACAGAUGCUGCUAAUACUACAGGGCGUUCAUGAAUCUAAAGGUAUAACAGACGACUACCUGCGUUUGGAGUCCCUCAUCCAGAAAGUGGUCUCUCCCUACCUGGGGACAUACGGCUUAUAUUCCAAAGAUGGAUCCUCCAGUCCAGACUGCUCCUCCUGUUUAUUAGAAAAGCGUCGGCAGCGCUCCUGGUCGGGCAAACCUGGCAACUCCUCCGCUGCCAAAAACCCAGUGGUGCGCUCCAAGAGCUACAACGUUCCCAUGCUGUCACCUGUGGUGGAAUCUGACACGGACUCUUCCACAGGAGGUGGCACAGGUGUCAGACGACACUCUGUCUCAGAGAUGACUUCCUGUGUUGAGGAGAGCAGCUCUGUGGCCGAACCUGCCGCCGGUAACGCCGGCACAUCCUCAGACACUGUGACCUCCGGUCGUGCUCCUCAGUCCAGAGUCACUCGCAGCACCACGGCUCCGCUCCUCCUCCUCCAGUCAGGCAGCCUUCAGGAGCCUUCCCCAUGCAGAGACUCACAGAGCACUGGAUCUAUGAUGUCGGUCUCACCGUCAUCCCCCAGAGUCCUGGCUCCAGGCACCAGCUCCGGUCCCAGUCUGUCGUCCAGUCCGGAGAUCAUGAUGGACCACAUCGCGGAGUCUCUGGACUCAGAGACGGAGCCAGACGGCAUCUUUCUGGACUUCUCGCGACGAUGCUCUGUCGGGUCGACACACAGCAGAGACAGCGGCAGGCAGAGUGUGGCGUGACACACACACACACACACACACACACACACCAGCACAUUUAUGGAAGGAGACGCUAAAUUAUCAUGAAUUAAAACAGAUUUAUUUUUCUACAGAUUCUUCUGUCUCUAAAGUCUAUGCUAAUAAUGACCAGCAAAUAUAUUUUAAUUUGGCACUUUCUGACAUGUAUUUCCACCAUUGAAAAACAAAAGUAUAACUAAUAAUAAAAGAGUUUUUAUGUUGA